AUGUGUGCAAAGGAAGAGAGUCCAACUCGAGUGAUGGAUGAUUCUGAUUUAUCUAUAUUUAAAAAGAUUGUAGAUUCAAGUCCAACUCAAGUGGUGGAUGUGUCAGAUUUAUCUAUGGUUGAAAAGAUUCAAGAUUCAAGUCCAACUCAAGUGGUGGAUGUGUCUAAUUUAUCUAUACUCGAAAUAACUCAUGAUCCAAGUCCGACACAAGUGCUAUAUUGGUAUGCUACUAUUAUGCAGAAAAAUAUAUGUCUUAUGUCUGCAACCGACUCAAUAUUAGAAGUUACACUUCAACAAGAAGACAAUUACUUUGCAACAAUUAAAUAUGAGGGUCUAUAUAAAAUUGUAACAUUAUCAGGGUUGAUUUUGCCUAUUAGGCAAAACACUACCGACUCCACAAUAGCGGCCAAACAAGGAGGAUUGAUGGUUGCAUUUGAAGGUGAAGAUGGACGUUGUGUAAAUAGCUUAGUUUCAAGCUCACUAAUAGCCUAUGAGAAAGUUGAGGUUUUAGCUAGUAUAUACGCAUCCAGACCUGGUGAAUAUAAAACAUGGGAAGAGAUGGAAUCAAGCGACUCCAUACAACUUUCUUCACCGGUUCCAAGUGGCUCAAGUCUCAUUUUUCAAUCUAUCUCACAAUGGGUCACUAGUACGACAAAUCCAGUAGCCGAAAGAGCCGAAGUGACUAGCAACAAUGAUGAUGUUAUCAUGUCGGAGCAAAGAGAUUGA